CAUUGGCGUAACAGACAGUUACCACGACCAUUUCAUGUUCGUGAGUACUAAACUUAAAAUCAAACAGGGGUUUUGCAUGUUCAUGAAUAUUGAACUUAUCUUUUUGUUAGAAAAUUUGGGGCGUUUUCUGUUACAACUCCCGUAUAUGAGUUUCGAAAAUUACGACGCUUUAUGUAAACAGUGAAAGCAACAUUGGCAACAGUCGUCGGAGCGAGCCACGUAGCUAGCUGCUAUUUAUUCUGUCGGUGACAGACGCUUCAAACUAGCCCAGUGGCUUGUUAAAUAGCGCUGCAAAAUACUGUGACCUGCCUUAUCCUGUUCUGUGCGCCCAAGCAAACACGCCCACGCCGACGGACCAAUCAUCGACGGCCUCACCUUCGCCAUCUGCGCAAAGUUUCUUCGGUUCCACGCCUCACGUCAAUCACAUCCCUCACUCGAGAGGGAUCAAGGCACAUAGCACCCACGUGUUUUCACAGCAAACAUGGCUAGCAAGCUGUCCCAAUUCGGCAACAAGCUGCUGCGUCGCCGCACGCUGGACUUCUCCGGCGAGGAGACGCGAUUCGCCCGCUGCCUGUCCACCCUGGACCUCAUCGCUUUGGGGGUGGGCUCCACGCUGGGCGCCGGUGUCUACGUCCUCGCCGGCGAGGUGGCCCGCGAGAAAGCUGGACCCGCCAUCGUCCUCUGCUUCCUCAUAGCCGCGCUGUCCUCCAUGUUGGCGGGCCUUUGCUAUGCCGAAUUCGGAGCCCGCGUGCCCAAGACGGGCUCUGCGUACCUCUACAGCUACGUGACGGUGGGAGAGAUCUGGGCCUUCAUCACGGGCUGGAACCUCAUUCUUUCGUACGUGAUUGGCACUGCAAGUGUGGCUCGUGCAUGGAGCUCCACUUUCGACAACCUCGUGGAGCAGAAGAUCUCGGUCUUCUUCAAAGCCUCCAUGACAAUGAAGGUGCCUGGCAAAGUGUUGGCAGAGUACCCUGACCUGUUUGCCCUCAUUCUGGUGCUCCUGCUCACCGGACUCUUGGCCUUCGGCGUGAGCGAGUCGGCGCUGGUCAACAAGAUCUUCACCGGCAUCAAUUUGGUGGUCCUGGGCUUCGUUAUCAUCUCGGGUUUCGUGAAGGGCGACACGGCCAACUGGAACCUCACGCUGGACAACUACACCAGUUUCCUGAACCACAGCAACAGCAGCAAUGUUGAGAAAGCAUUUGGGACAGGCGGUUUUGCUCCGUUUGGCCUUGCCGGCGUCCUGUCUGGUGCGGCCACCUGCUUCUACGCCUUUGUGGGCUUUGACUGCAUCGCCACCACAAGCGAGGAGGCCAAGAAUCCCAUGCGUUCCAUCCCUGUCGGCAUUGUGGCCUCCCUGCUCAUCUGCUUCUUUGCCUACUUUGGCGUGUCCGCCGCGCUCACCCUGAUGAUGCCCUACUACCAGCUGAACACCCAGAGCCCUCUGCCCGAGGCGUUCACCCACGUGGGCUGGGCCCCAGCCCGCUACAUCGUGGCCGUGGGCUCGCUCUGCGCGCUCUCCACCAGCCUCCUCGGCUCCAUGUUCCCCAUGCCCCGCGUCAUCUACGCCAUGGCGGAGGACGGGCUCUUGUUCCGUGCGCUGUCCAGGAUGAACAAUCGCACCAAGACGCCUCUGCUGGCCACCAUUGCUUCUGGCAUUGUCGCAGCUCUGAUGGCCUUCCUGUUUGACCUCGGAGCUCUGGUCGACCUCAUGUCCAUCGGAACCCUGUUGGCUUAUUCGCUGGUAGCCAUCUGUGUCCUCAUCCUCAGAUACCAGCCAGGCACGUUGCCCUCAUCCAGCCAGACGGAGAAGCUGGUGGAGCUAGUGGAAGGAGAGAAGGUGGCCGUGAGCAGCGGGGACAGCGGCGACGAGUACACAGAGAACGAGGCGAAGCCCCUCAGUGAGGCUUUCACCUACAAGCUCCUCUUCUUCCCCAGCGCAAAGACCCCCACACACACCUCAGGGAAAAUCGUCUAUGUGACCACCGCCAUCAUCUCCGUCCUUAUCACCAUCCUGUGCAUCAUCCUUGCCAACUCUUUGCCGGAGCUGCUGGCCGGCCACGGUGUCGUGGUGGCACCUUGUAUUAUUUUGGCUCUGCUGUGCGCCGGCUGCCUUAUCGUCAUCUGCAGGCAGCCUGAGAGCAAGGAGGCUCUGACCUUCAAGGUUCCACUGCUUCCCUGGUUGCCUCUGUUCAGCGUCUUCGUCAACAUCUACCUCAUGAUGCAGCUGGACAACAGCACGUGGUAUCGCUUCACCGUCUGGAUGGUCAUUGGUUUCGCCAUCUACUUCUUCUACGGCAUUACGAACAGCAGCGCUAACCGCUCAUCCCCGCGCAAGUACGCACCGGCGCUGCAGUCCAAGAGGCCGAUUUACAAGGGCGCCCCCGACGACAGUGAUGUGGAGGGGGCUAGCAGCCCCUGAUAGCCGCUCACGUGGUCCCGGAGACAGGGGGAGAGUGGGUGAGGCGGUUUGGUGGGAGCACGCCGACUUUGCAACGCUGCUCGAAAGGGAGAUGAGGCCACACAUCUUUUACCUCUUCUGACACGUAGGCUGGUAAUAACUUGAUGCUUGGGACACUGUGGCGCAUCUUCUCUUUUUUUGUUGUAGUCUGUGCGUGUAGUUAGCAACGUAGCCCGCCCUCGCCACGCGAGCAGUCGUCACAUGGCUCUUUUUGUGAUCUUACGUGAUCCCCCUCCUUCCUCGUCUCCGUUAGUGGGGAUGUCGACGAGAGCUUGUGACGCUGCGCGGGGAAACAUCAACUUCCUGUCUGCGUCCACUUGAUUGAUUGCACCAGCCUGUUGCUUUGUGUCUGCUGUUUAUGUGUGCGUUUAUGCGUGUGUGUUUGUAAACAGGGUAGUGCCGAAGCUAAACGGGCUUCACGUCUCUGUCAUGGACUCAAAUGCUGGAAGGUCAAUAAUGGCACUAUCCAUGUUGAUGUCACCUACACGACACCCCACAAGUUGCUCUUAUUAACUUUUGAAUUGUUGAAUUUUCCCAUAACAAACCUCUUACCCUCACACGCUUGUCAACACUAACACUCGUUACAACCAAACUUCAACUUCUCGUUGACAGUGUACAGUGGACCCUCUGAAGUUGUGACUUCGGUUGACUUUGUUUUACGUUCUAACAUCAAAUCAGUUGUUACCGACAACAAAAAUGUCACUUUCAAUUGUCCUCGCUUUCAGUGUACGGUGGAACUUCCAAAGUUGUGACGCUGGAUGACUUUCAAGUUCUAAUUGUUACCAACAACAAAAUCUGAACUUUGCAUUGACUUUCAGUGUCCAGUGGAACCGCUGAAGUUCUGACGCCGGUUGCCUUUGAAAUUGUUCUAACGUCAAAUCGAGUAUCCACAACAAAACUUGAACUUCUCGUUGAAGUUGUGACAUAAAGUUGACUUUCAAGUUUCAGUGGAGCCUCCGAAGUUGUGAUGUUGGUUCAUUUCUGGUUAAUACUUUCUAAUGGCACGCACAUUUAUUUGUUCUGGGCUCAUGAGUGCUCAAGUGUAAAAAAAAAAUGAUUCAAAAAAAAAAAAAAAAAGUCCAAUUUACACUAAGAUGCCUGACGAGACACGUAAUGUGAGGGAAUGGGAAUUUUAUUGGUAUUGCUGUAUUAAGAACAGUACAAUGAAUUAUAGAUGUAAUUGAUAUUUCAUGAAUUGUGGUAAUCAACGUUUUCCCUCUUUGCCAUCAUUGGUACCCUUCUGUGGUGGCUUUUGUGUCCCCAAAAGCCAAAGAAAAACCAAAACCUUACCUGAAGUCUCGGUCAAUAGACUUGGGAGGUUCCACUGCGGUUGUUACAUUUAUUUUAUUUUUUUCUACAAAACGCAUCGUUCCUCCACACUAAAUGAAGUACAUGCAGGUGAGAGGGGCACUCGGUGAGCUCAUUGACUAAUCGUCGAUGUGUGCAGGCUGCCAUUUCUAAAGAUAGCACUUCUUGACUUGUUAGCGUGGGAGACGUUUUGUUGUCAUCCACGUUUUAGUUUCAAUUGAAACUUGGCAGCGUUGUCUGUUAAGAUGAGGUCUCCUAUCUCUGCAGUAGAGCUGUCCUUAUUUAAAUGUGUACAUUAUCGGUGUUUGCGAUGAUUGGCUUGAAAUUCAUUCUUUCUCAAUCACUUGAUAGCGAUGUGUUUUUUACACUAGGGGUGGGCCUGCCAUGCAUUAGUAAACCAUUUAGAAAUCCACAAAAUGGACUCAAAUAUGUAACAGCAAGCACAAGUUGUAAUAUUGGGAAAGAGAAAGUACUUUUACGAGCAAGUUAGAAUGUUAGGAGUCAAUUCGUAAUAUUGCCGGAGAAAAGUUUUAAUUGUAUGAGGAAAAUAAAGUCACACAGUUGCAAGAAUAAUGUCAUUUUAUGUGCAGAUUUUUAUUUUUAUUUUAUUUUUUUUGUAGGGGGUCAUUUUCUCUAAUACUGGUAAUAUUACUCGGGGAAAAUAAUACUUGGAGAGGAACAGAGUUAUAUUUUUUUUGGUGUAACUACAUUUACUCAUGUUACAACUUUAGUCUCAUUAAAUUAAAACAAUCUUGUAAUAUUAAGACUUAUUUUGUCCUAAAAUUGCAUCUUUUUCUUGUAAUAUUACAUCAUUGUUAUUUUUGUACUUGAUUCGAUUCUCAUCAGAUUAGUACUUAUUGGGGUACCUUUACACCUUGAUUAUAAAAUAAUAUGUAGUUAUUAUAAGAUUACGACUUAUUGUUGAAUUUUUUUAAUGUAACUUUUUAUACAAUAAUUCUUGUAAAACUGACUUUUUUCUCACGUUUUUUUGUGUUAUUAUAACUGGUAAUAUUACUUAAGACAUUCUGAUAUGACUUCAUGCUUGUAAAAUUAAGAUUUUUUUUCCUGCUAGGAAUUUAUUCUUGUGAUGCUAUGACUUUAUUCCUGAUGUAAUUAUGACUUAUCUCAUAUUUAAAAUAUGACUCACUCAGAAUUUUACUUUUUCUGAUGCUAACUUUUUUCUGUGUUCAAUCGUUUCUGCUAUUAUGGUAAAAAAUGCUGGUAAAUAUUGUGGACUGUUCUCAUAAAAUUGAGGGGGUUUUUCCCCUUCAUAACACAUUUUUUUUCCAUAAAAUUGCAAUUUUCUACUGGUAAAUUUCAACAUUUUAUGUGAUCGUUGCAUCAUACAUCAUGAAGGUAGGCCUUCAUAAGUAAAACGGACCCUGAUAGUAACAAGUUUGCCCAUCCCUGCUGUUUUAGACAGUGAUGUAUUUUAGCAUGUACAGAUUUUAGCGACAUUUUUUGUUGUUGUUGAUGUUUUGUUCUGUUUUGCAAAUGAGGUAAUCGUCCUUUCUGACCAAAAUGAACUACUUCUGAUCACCUUCUGAAACAAAGAAUGACCCCUAAGAGUUAAUCUAUAAAUGUCAUGCCAUUUUGAAAGUGUCCCCAAUGUAUAAUUUAUGUGCUUUACUGUAUAUUGUACAGUAUUUGUGUAAAAGUGUAUUUGUAAAAUGCUGUAAAUUAGAAUCCCAACCCAUCCACCAUGAGUAAACUUGAUGCUGCUGAAUUAAUGUGGAGGACAAAAAUGUUUUAUGUUUUUGUUCGAUGUGAAUCAAUCAGCAGUGCCUCAAAAGAAUCAUCAUCUCUUGGGCGGGAAAGCACCAAGGCUGGUUGGGAAUUUUUUUAAAGAAAAAAAAUUGUAAAUCAUAUAAUAAGGUGUAUGAGCCCGCUUAUCAUAACAUUACAUCCAGCCCUCGUGCCUUUUAAAACAAUCCCUCUUUAUCGAAGCUUUGAUAUCAAUAGCGAUGUUCUAUUUUUUUUGUCUUUUGUUUUAUAAUGUGUACAUAUAGCUGUCAUGUAUAAAUAAACCAGGCUGUACUUCUUUUUUUUAAUAAAAUAAAUGAAUGAACUCCA